AUCUGACAGGUCACCUAUACUGUAAUUAGAUCUUCAAGCCUGUGUACCGUCGCUUCUGAUGGACUCUGAAAGCUCUUUUCUCUAUUUUCCACUUGGUAUUUUUCUUGGUUUUGUUCUUUUUGGGAAGGAUAAUUCUCCAGGCUCUCGAUGAAUCCCGAUGUCUUUUCUCCUGAUCUCUCCUCGAUGUGAGAAUUUUGGUGCGAAACCAUGCGUCGACUUCUCUGCAUGCACGUAUUCCUAUGCUGCCUCAGUAUGGCUCAUACAUUCUGUCCAUCGCAGUGCACCUGUGUCUUCCAUGGACGUAAUGAUGGAAUAGGAUCCAGAUCUGUGCUCUGCAAUGACCCAGACAUGUCUGAUAUCCCUGUCAACGUUCCAGUGGAUACGGUUAAGCUUCGAAUUGAGAAAACCGCUGUACGCCGAGUCCCAACAGAAGCUUUUUACUAUCUGGCGGAUCUGCGAUACCUGUGGAUUACUUACAAUUCCAUAACCUCAGUGGAUUCUGGAAGUUUUUACAACCUCAAAGUGCUCCACGAACUCAGGCUGGAUGGAAAUAUGAUCUCCGUGUUCCCCUGGGAGUCUCUAAAAGAGAUGCCUAGGCUGCGGACACUGGAUCUGCACAACAACAGACUCACCAAUGUUCCCACUGAGGCUAUCCCCUACCUCCUCAACAUUACCUACUUGGAUCUAUCCAGCAAUAAAUUAGCAACCCUGCCCUCUGACCUCAUGGAUAUCUGGCCUCCCUUCAAUGGAGCCCCCAUUUCUACGAACUCCUCGCAGAAAAUCGUGUUAGGUCUCCAAGAUAAUCCCUGGUACUGUGACUGUAAAAUCUCCAAGCUUUUAGAGAUUUCAAAAAUGACAGACAGCCCAGUGGUGUUAAUGGACUUGUUCCUGACCUGCAGUGGACCGGAGAAUCUGGCUGGUUACCUUUUUCAACGCGUUGAACUUGACAAUUGUGUAAAACCAAUCGUCAUGACCUCUGCAACCAAGAUCACAUCUUAUCUGGGCAGCAACGUUCUCCUGCGAUGUGAUGCCACAGGGAUGCCAACACCAAAUCUGUACUGGGCUAGAGCAGAAGGCUCACCAGUUAACAACACAGUUCAGGAGUCACCUGGAGAUGGCAUCAAGUGGUCCAUCAUGAGUUUGCAUGGAAUAUUGCCCAAAGAUGCUGGGAACUACAGCUGCAAAGCUACGAAUGUUGCUGGCAGUGCAGAAGCCACUAUUUCCCUCUCAGUUGCUGGUACCAUCAGUACCACGAUGCCGCCAGAGAGGCAAAGCACGGAGACUGCACCGACCAGCCAAGGCACAACACUGACUCCCACUACGGAAAUAUCUGUCUCACCUAUUGUAACAUCUACAGUUCCUCCAAGAACAACACCAACCCCACCUGCAGUAACCAAGAAGCCGAGAACUACCCCCAGCAAUGGUUUACAGAAGGGCUCACUCAAACAAACGAAGACCCAGCAAGGAGGGAAAGGGAGAAAGCUUGCAGCUGAUGAGAAAAGCAAGAAAAGCGACGCAUCAAAGUCCGUCAAGGACCUGAAGAUUGUAGAGGAAACGGCUGACAGUGCAGUGCUGCUCUGGACAGCAGAUGGGUUACCAAACGAUGCACCACUAACAGUUGUAUAUUCCCCCUAUGGUGAGGAUGACACCAAAAGGACAGAAGAAACUAAUGCUGGCAGUGGAAAAGUCCUUCUUGAGGGUCUUUCCUCUGGGAUGAGGUACUCAGUUUGCCUCAUAGCAAAAGGUAGUGAUGCCGGAAAAGAUCCGUGCAUUGACUUCUACACACUGGAGAUUGUAGAGGAUGGUGGUCAGAACCAGGUCUUCAUGAUUAUGAGCGGCAUCGCCUGUGCUUUGGUUUUGCCUCUCAUUGCCCUGUUGCUCUACAAGAUCCUUGAUCUCUACUGCAAAGGGCGUGAACCAGAUCUGGAUGAGGAGGAGCUGGAAAAAGAGAGCUAUGUCAAGUUCGAGACGAUUUCAAUGAAACAGCGAACUCUGAACUCUAAUCCCACUGAGUUUUGGGCAAGGAGAGCAACCCAUGACUCAGAGCGAAUGCUCCUCUGCUCUAGGUCGAGCAUAGACUCUCAGAUGACCUAUAAGAGUGACAGUUCCCGAUCUGAGUAUCUCUGCUGACGUCAGGAAUCCAUGGCCAACGCCCAAAUGCCACUUUAGAGAGACAUUAUGUGACAUUCUCUUUAUUUGCCUUUCAUGACAGUGAUAUUAAUAACAAAAUAAUUCAUAAAUCUUUAUAAAUACUAUUCUUUCACAUCUGUGAGGUGACACAGCACCGAUAGCUGUUCUCUACUUCCUAUCAAUGUAUUAAGAUUUUUUCAACGGUUUAUAAAAACUUAAGUGACAUGAAAACUGGAUGCUGUUUGUAAAACCACAAUCAGAUCCGUCAAUGACUGACGUGUUUUUUUUUAUUCAUGCCCUUAUUUGUUUUGGAGCCUUAUAUACAAUCUCAAUAGUUGUCACUAAAGCACAGCACCUUUGUUAAACUGAAUUGUGUCUAGUACCAUACAAAGAACCUGCUGUGUGUGGUGUUCAAUGAUAUUUCAAUGCCAAAGAUUAAUAUAUGAAUAUCGCAUGGUGUGUCAAAGAGGACCCAUUAACCACAGCCCAUCACAUUCACAACAUCACAUCACUGUUGCUUUAAGCAUUGAGCUGAUUGUUGCCUUACUGGACACAAAAGCACUGUCAGUGUGUUUG